AUGCAAUCUACUCGCCACUCCAUCGCCCUGCUGGCACGGGGAUCCAGCUCUCCCUUACGCACCACCUGCACUGCCGCCGCAAGAAACGGCACAACUCCGCGUCAUUUCCAAUCUUCUCGAUCCUUCUCGCUUGCCAACCAGACUCGGGAUCUGCGGCGACACAACAUCCCCGCUCUCUCUUCCGUCGCCUCUCCGUCGUCGUCGUUUUCGCGAUCGCUGUCGACGACAUGCGCUCGAUGGACUGCCAGCGAUGCGCCCUCAUCCGGUACAUCUGCGCCCGCAGUGAAUAGCCAGCAACAACAACAACAACAGAGCGAACAAGCGCAGCAGGAGCAGGAGAAGCAGCAACAGCCCGCGUACGAAUUGACGUUUACGUGCAAGCCCUGCUCGCAUCGGUCUGCGCACCGCGUGUCGAAGCAGGGAUAUCAUAAGGGCACAGUCCUGAUUACGUGCCCGAGUUGUAAGAAUCGGCAUGUUAUCAGUGAUCAUUUGAAGAUCUUCUCCGACAAACCAAUGACCAUCGAAGACCUGAUGCGGGAAAAAGGCCAGCUCGUGAAAAAGGGGUCUCUCGGAACAGACGGCGACGUGGAGUUCUGGGAUGAUGGCACGUCGACUGAGCGCCAGACUCAGUAA